CCGCAGCCCCGCGCCCGCAGCUUGCUGCCGGAGCCGCUUUGUGCCGCGGGCGGGGGGACGGGGACGCGGGGCGCGGAGCCGGCGGGCGCAGCCUCAGCAUGGACGUGACCGUCUCGGAGCUCCUGGAGCUCUUCCUGCAGAGCCCGCUGGUGACCUGGGUGAAAACUUUUGGCCCGUUCGGAAGCAGCAACCAAGACAACCUGACUAUGUACAUGGAUUUAGUGGACGGCAUCUUUUUGAACCAAAUCAUGUUGCAAAUAGACCCCAGACCAACAAAUCAGCGCAUCAACAAGCACGUCAACAACGAUGUGAACCUUCGCAUUCAGAACCUGACCAUCUUGGUGAGAAACAUCAAGACCUACUACCAGGAAGUUCUCCAGCAGCUGAUUGUAAUGAAUUUGCCCAAUGUCUUGAUGAUUGGCAGAGACCCGCUGUCUGGGAAGAGCAUGGAGGAGAUCAAGAAGGUGCUGCUGCUGGUGCUGGGCUGUGCCGUCCAGUGUGAGAAGAAAGAGGAGUUUAUUGAGAGAAUCAAACAGCUGGACAUCGAGACCCAGGCUGGGAUCGUGGCCCACAUCCAGGAGGUGACCCACAACCAGGAGAACGUGUUUGACCUGCAGUGGCUGGAGCUGCCCGACGUGGCCCCGGAGGAGCUGGAGGCCCUCUCGAGGAACAUGGUGCUUCAUCUCCGGAGGCUCAUUGACCAGCGGGAUGAGUGCACGGAGCUGAUCGUGGACCUGACCCAGGAGCGGGAUUACCUGCAGGCACAGCAGCCCCCGAGCCCCGUCAAGUCCUCCAGCGCGGACUCCACGCCCAGCCCCACCAGCAGCCUCUCCAGCGAGGACAAGCAGCACCUGGCCGUGGAGCUGGCCGACACCAAGGCCAGGCUGCGGCGCGUCAGGCAGGAGCUGGAGGAGAAGACGGAGCAGCUUGUGGACACCAGACACGAGGUGGACCAGCUGGUGCUGGAGCUGCAGAAAGUCAAGCAGGAGAACAUCCAGCUGGCAGCAGACGCCCGGUCUGCUCGCGCCUAUCGAGACGAGCUGGAUUCCCUGAGGGAGAAGGCGAACCGCGUGGAGAGGCUGGAGAUGGAGCUGGCGCGCUGCAAGGAGAAGCUGCACGACGUGGACUUCUACAAAGCUCGCAUGGAGGAGCUCAGAGAAGAUAAUAUCAUUUUAAUUGAAACCAAGGCCAUGCUGGAGGAACAGCUGACGGCUGCUCGCACGCGGGGCGACAAAGUCCACGAGCUGGAGAAGGAGAACCUGCAGCUGAAAUCUAAACUUCACGACCUGGAAUUGGACCGGGACACAGAUAAGAAACGAAUUGAGGAACUGCUGGAAGAAAACAUGGUCCUUGAGAUUGCACAGAAGCAGAGCAUGAACGAAUCUGCCCACCUCGGCUGGGAGCUGGAGCAGCUGUCCAAGAAUGCAGACCUGUCAGAUGCCUCCAGGAAGUCAUUCGUGUUCGAGCUGAACGAGUGCGCCUCCAGCCGCAUCCUCAAGCUGGAGAAGGAGAACCAGAGCCUGCAGAGCACCAUCCAGGGGCUGCGGGACGCGUCCCUGUCGCUGGAAGAGAGCAGCCUCAAGUGCGGGGAGCUGGAGAAGGAGAACCAGCAGCUCAGCAAGAAGAUUGAGAAGUUACAGACGCAGCUGGAGAGAGAGAAGCAGAGCAGCCAGGAUUUGGAGACCCUCAGCGAGGAGCUGAUCAAAGAGAAGGAGCAGCUGCAGAGCGACAUGGAGGCCCUGAAGGCCGACCGGGCCCGGCAGAUCAAGGACCUUGAGCAGGAAAAGGACCACCUCAACCGCGCGGUGUGGUCGCUGCGGGAGAGGUCGCAGGUCAGCAGCGAGGCCCGCGUGAAAGACGUGGAGAAGGAGAACAAAGCCCUCCACCAGACGGUGACAGAGGCCAGCAGCAGACUCAGCCAGCUGGAGUUCGAGAAGCAGCAGCUGCACAAGGACCUGGAGCAGGCCAGGGAGAAGGGGCAGCGGGCGGAGAAGCUGGAGGGGGAGCUGCAGCGGCUGCAGGAGGAGAACGUGCAGCUCACCAGCAAGGUGACCUCCCUGGAGAUGGCCACCGAGAAAGCCACGGCCCUGGAGCACGAGAGCCAGGGCCUGCAGCUGGAGAACCGGGCGCUGAGGAAGUCUCUGGACACCUUGCAGAACGUGUCCGUGCAGCUCGAGGGCCUGGAGCGUGACAACAAGCAGCUGGACGCGGAGAACCUGGAGCUGCGCAAGAUGGUGGAGGCCAUGCGCUUUACCAGCGCCAAGAUGGCGCAAAUCGAGAGGGAGAACCAGCAGCUGGAGCGCGAGAAGGAGGAGCUGAGGAAGAACGUGGAGCUGCUGAAGGCGCUGGGCAAGAAGUCGGAGCGCCUGGAGCUCAGCUACCAGAGCGUGAGCGCCGAGAACCUGCGGCUGCAGCAGAGCCUGGAGAGCAGCGGCCGCAAGUCGCAGGCCCUGGAGAGCGAGCUGGGCGAGCUGGAGGCCGAGCACCAGGCGCUGCGGCGGGACCUGGAGGCCCUCCGGCUGGCCGGCGUGCAGCUGGAGCGGGCCGAGAGGGACAAGAAGGCCCUGGAGCAGGAGGUGGCCCAGCUCGAGAAGGACAAGAAGCUGCUGGAGAAGGAGGCCAAGCGGCUGUGGCAGCAGGUGGAGCUGAAGGACGCGGUGCUGGACGACAGCACCGCCAAGCUGUCCGCCGCCGAGAAGGAGAGCCGCGCGCUGGACCGCGAGCUGGCCCGCUGCAGGGACGCGGCCGGCAAGCUGAAGGAGCUGGAGAAGGACAACAGGGACCUCACCAAGCAGGUCAUCGUGCACACGAGGACGCUGACCACCCUGCGGGAGGACCUGGUGCUGGAGAAGUUGAAGAGCCAGCAGCUGAGCGGGGAGCUGGACAAACUGGGCCAGGAGCUGGAGAAGGUCGGCCUCAGCAAGGAGCUGCUGCUGCAGGACGACAACAGCAACAGUGACACAAAAUACAAGAUUUUGGAGGGCAGAAAUGAAUCAGCCUUGAAAACAACACUGGCCAUGAAAGAAGAAAAGAUUGUGUUCUUGGAAGCGCAGAUGGAAGAGAAAGUGAGCCUGAACCACCAGUUACAGAACGAGCUCCAGACGCUGAAGACGGAGUGUAAGACCCUCAGGCAGAGCCAGGAAGAGGGGAAGCACCUGCAGAACUCUUUCAAACACCCCCUGGGGAAGACGGUCGCAGGCAGCCAGGGGAAGGAGUCCUGGGGGCCCAGCCACAAGGAAGCCACGAUGGAGCUGCUCCGAGUGAAGGACCGGGCCAUCGAGCUGGAGCGGAACAACGCAGCUCUGCAGGCUGAGAAGCAGCUGCUCAAGGAGCAGCUCCAGCACAUGGAGACCCAGAACGUGGCCUUCAGCAGUCAGAUCCUGACGCUGCAGAAGCAGAGCGCCUUCCUGCAGGAGCACAACACCACGCUGCAGACACAGACGGCCAAGCUGCAGGUGGAGAACUCCACCCUGAGCUCCCAGAGCGCCGCGCUCACCGCACAGUACGCGCUGCUGCAGAACCAGCAGACAGCCAAGGAGAACGAGAACGAGAACCUGCAGAAGCAGCAGGAGCAGCUGACGGUGGCCUACGAGGCCCUGCUCCAGGACCACGAGCACCUGGGCGCACUGCACGAGCGGCAGUCCGCCGAGUACGAGGCCCUCAUCCGCCAGCACAGCUGCCUGAAGACGCUGCACCGGAACCUGGAGCUGGAACACAAGGAGCUGGGGGAGAGGCACGGCGACAUGCUCAAGCACAAGGCGGAGCUGGAGGAGCUGGAGAAGGUCUUGACCGCCGAGCGGGAGGCUCUGCAGCAGGAGCAGAGGACGAACGCCAUCGCUACGGGAGAGAACCAGAGGCUGCGGGGGGAGCUGGACAGAGUCAACUUCCUGCACCACCAGCUGAAGGGGGAGUAUGAGGAGCUGCACGCCCACACCAAGGAGCUGAAAACCUCGCUGAACAACUCGCAGCUGGAGCUGAACCGCUGGCAGGCCCGGUUCGACGAGCUGAAGGAGCAGCACCAGAGCAUGGACAUCUCGCUGACCAAGCUGGACAACCACUGCGAGCUGCUCUCCCGUCUCAAGGGGAACUUGGAGGAAGAAAAUCAUCACCUCUUGAGCCAGAUCCAGCUGCUGAGCCAGCAGAACCAGAAGCUUCUGGAGCAGAACAUGGAGAACAAGGAGCAGUACCACGAGGAGCAGAAACAGUACAUAGACAAACUAAAUGCCUUACGGAGACACAAGGAAAAACUGGAAGAAAAAAUCAUGGAUCAGUACAAGUUCUAUGAUCCUGCUCCAAAGAAUAGGAAGAACCACUGGAUUGGAGCCAAAGCAUUAGUCAAACUCAUCAAACCAAAGAAAGAGGGUUCGAGAGAACGGUUGAAGUCGACCGCAGACAGCCCCCCCUGGCAGCUGGAGUCCUCAGACCCCACCUCACCGUCGACCUCUCAGCCUCUCAGAUCACAGCCGGAGAACCCCGACACCCCCCCAGUGGGCUUGAACUGUGCAGAAGAGUGCAACGCCCACAGCGGGCCUGUGGGCAAAGGCCCUGGGGAUCUAAAGCCAAAGCGAGGGUCCCCACGCGGAGGCAGCCUUGACCGCACAGAUGCUUCCGCUGACCCGGCCGCGAAGUCCUGGCCCUCGGAGCUGGGCUCCCGGACCUGCUCAGCCUCAGCCCCCACCACCGUCCCUUCCAGCUCCACGCCCCUCGCCCGGCACCCAGGCCGCACCAAAGGCUGUAAUUCAGAUGACAACCUCUGCGAACCGUCCCUGGAGCUCGAGUUCAGCAACCACAGGCAGUACGCGUCCCGGCCGAGCAGUCUGGAGAGCAGCAGAAACACAUCCAGCAACAGCUCCCCUCUUAACCUAAAAGGUUCCUCCGACCAGCUGCACGGGCGGUCUGAGAGCUUCAGCAGCGAAGACCUGAUCCCCAGCAGGGACCCGGCCACUCUGCCCCGGGACACCAGCACCCCAGGUCGCAGCGCACUUGGCCGCCAUGAGUACCCCCCACCCCGGAAUGGCCCUCUCCCCCAGGAGGGUGCCCAGAAGAGGGGUGUGGCCCCUUCCCAUGCAGGGGUGCGGCCCUGCUCUGCCUCCCCCAGCAGUGAGAUGGUCACCUUGGAGGAGUUCCUAGAGGAGAGCAACCGGAGCUCCCCGACCCACGACACUCCCAGCUGCCGGGAUGACCUGCUGAGUGACUACUUCCGAAAGGCCAGUGACCCCCCGGCCAUCGGAGGCCAGCCGGGACCACCGACCAGGAAAGAAGGGGCCAAGAUGCCCACCAGCCUCGUGGCCCCCACCAUCAAGAUGGCCGCCAGCACCCCCGAGGGGAGGCUGCUGAAGCCCGGGCAGUGUGUGAAGCCAAACUUCAGACCGGCUGAGGCCGAGCCCCCAGCCAGUGUCCCCCCGAGACAGGCCCAGCCUCCCCAGAGCCUGUCUCUGGGCAGAGCCCGGCAAGCCGCGAUGUCCCCAGCUUCCCACGCGCCCCCUGGCCGGAGCGCUUCCCUGAGCCGGGCCUUCAGCCUGGCGUCGGCUGACCUCCUCCGGGCCAGCGGGCCAGAGGCCUGCAAACAGGAGUCCCCUCAGAAGCCGGGGGUCCCUGAGGUCUCGGGGGGCAGAGAGACAGGCAGCCACGCCCUGCGAAGCCCCACACCCCCCGGCGCCCACAGCCUGGCCCGGGAGCGGACCCCACUGGCGGGGAAGGCCGGCAGCUCCUCUCAAGGGCCGGCCCCCCGCAGCCGGCCGCCAGACACCAGGCGCUUCUCGCUGGCUCCGCCCAAGGAGGAGAGGCUGGCCCCGCUGCAGCAGUCGGCCACCGUCCCGGCCAUCGCUGCUGUAGGCGGCGGCGGCAGCAGCUCCCAGCACUUCUUACCUGCUGCAGCCCCAGCUGCCAGGACCAAGCCCAGAACGCCCCCACACUCUGGGGAGAUGGCCACCAUCGCCCCUGUCCGGGCGGGGCUCAGCCUCACAGAGGGAGACGGGGGCCCCGGGCACAGCCACAUCGAGGGGCUCCCGGCCAAGAGCCCAGGUAGGUCCCCUGACUCGGCUCCCCACGCCAGCCGGGGCCCCGAGGACUACAGUCGGGGCAGCAGCUCAAAGAGCACGCCGGCGUCCCCGGAGCCGGGUGGGGACCAGCAGACGGUGUGGUACGAGUAUGGCUGCGUGUGACUCAUCUGGUGGACCGGCAGCUCCCGCGUCCUCACACUACUGACACGCCCUCCGAUUCCGACGGCCUCUUCUCCUGCGUGCGCCUGCGGUGCCAGGGAAGGGUUCAGAAUGAGGAAAGGGGUUCCCACGCAUUUCCCUUUUUGUUUUGUUAAUGAAAACACUGUGCCAAGCCCUGAGAGCGUCACACUCCCAGGUGUGUAAUGUAUCUUCUGUAUCUGCAGCUUCCAGCAGCUGGUAUCUUUUGAACAAAUCCACUUUGGCAUGGGGACCACUUGGAAUGCAAUGACAAAACUGACUUACCCGAACGCAGACACUAUUUGAGUGUACCCCGGUAGAAACACUUUUUUGCAACUUCUUGACCUCCAUUAAAGCAUAUGCACACGCACACACACACACACACACACUCACAAGGCUAAGCCCUGGUGGGUCUGAAAACCCCACUCCCUCUUCUCCCAAAGCCAUUUGAUCCUAGGAGAAGCCCAGACCGGCCAGACUACAAAGCUUAAGGGCCGUGGGCAGACCCCAGGGUCAGGCCUGCUGUUAAAAACCAGGAAUGUGGCUGUCCCAUUCCUGGGAUCCCAAGCACUUCCCUUUACCCCAGGGCCAAGGGUGGCCCUGGGCAUCUGCCUCUCUCCUCCAGCUGGCUCCUGGGCUCUGCACGGUGGGCUCUGGGGGCCACACAGGCACCUUCGUCCCAGAUCCACAAACACUGGAUUUGCCAGCCAGGGGGUGAGGGCAGAGAGAAGCCCCCACCCGCCCUCCUCCCGGCAAGUGUGCAUAGUGCACAGAGGGGACUGGGGCGCUGACGUCCCCCGGCUCAGAUGGGAUGUUGAUUUAUUAUUGCUGAAUAACUUCUGGGUGUAGAAACCAAAUUUCUUUUAAUAUAUUACCUAUAUAUGUACACACUCCUGUGAUAUAUGUAUACUUGGGGGCUCUAUUUAUGUUCUUUUCCGUCAGGAGUCUUACCUGCUGCUUUGUGUUCGGUCAGAUUCCUGACACAUUUAGUUUCCUGUCGUGACGGUGCUUUUCCUGGGGUGAACUAAACCUAUUGAUUUUUUUUUAAGAUUUUUUUUUUCCUUUGGAUUUAAUAUACUGAGAAAGAAAUGGGAGACUUUUGAAUGUUAACAAGAUCCAUUUUAGGAGUGUUUUGGGUUGUGUAUUAGCCGUUCCGGAACACAAGGACAAGAUUGUAAUAAAAUGGAAUGGAAGAGAA